AUGGCUGAUACAAAGACUCUCGACCUCUUCACGCAGCGGUGGCCUCUCCUCGCGGCCGCAGCCGCUACUUUCCUUGGAGCCAGUCUAUUCCAGUACUUGUACAAAUGGAAUAUUAUAUCCUCGAUCCCUCUAGUCGGGGAAGAAAUAGGGGAUGCCGAGAAACGCAGGGUCGCUUAUAUCAUGGGUGCCAAGCGCCUCUACGAGGAGGGCUAUAAGAAGUUCAAGGAUGGCGUGUUCAGGGUCACUACAACCAAGGAACGGGCCACCAUUGUCGUCUCUCCCAAAUUCCUCGGCGAGCUACAGAAACUCCCAGACGAUGUCAUUAGUAUGCGGGCCGCCAUCCAGGAGCUCAUGGAAACCAAGCACACAAAGCUUCGGGUUGAUGACAAUUUGAGGAUCGCAAAAAUCGUCAGGCUUGAUCUUACACCCGCUCUAGUUCGUUUCAAUCCCACCAUCGCCGAGGAGGUCGGAGAGUCUUUCAAGUUGGAGCUCGAUAUCGGCGACGACUGGACGGAAAUCAACAUUUACGCGAAACUCCUUCGAAUCGUGGCCAUGGUAUCCGGUAGGAUCUUUAUUGGUCCCGAACUCUGCCACAGCGAGGAGUACCUCGAUGCCGCCAUCAACUACACCAUCGAAGUCAUGACCGCCGUUCAGGACAUUGGCCGCUUGAAGUGGUUCCGGGAUCAGCGCGCCCCUUACUUGCCUUCGGUGAAGCGCUUGGAUGCGAGGGUCGAGCAGGCGUUGAACUUUCUGCAGCCUGUUAUCUCGGCUAGGAUGGAAGCUGCUAAGCACGAUCUCGAGUAUGAGAAGCCCGAUGACCUGCUUCAAUGGCUGAUAGAGUCCGGCGUGAAAGCCGGAAAGGCAGACGCCAAUGGCAUCGCGAGGACGCAGCUUGGUCUGAGCUUCGCGGCUAUUCAUACUACGUCGAUGACAGCUACGAAUGCCUUCUAUAACCUCGCGGCUCUGCCCGAGAUUGUGCCAGAACUUCGCCAGGAAAUCCGAGAUGUACUGGCGGAAACAGGAGGUAUCUUUACGAGCCAAGCCCUCCAGAAGAUGAAGAAACUAGACAGCUUCCUUCGAGAAACGUCCAGAGUCGACCCUCCCAGCUUCACGGCGUUCCAUCGUAGGGUUCUCAAGACUGUCACUCUGUCCUCCGGCCAAGUUCUCCCCGCCGGCGUGAUGAUCGAAGUCCCCUCCAUCGGCGUCAACCACGACAACGACGUCUACCCCGACAGCGACAAGUUCGAUGCCUUCCGAUACUCGCGUGUGCGAGAAGAAAGUGCCAAGGAGAAGGGUCCGCGAUCCGUCGAGGCGGCGGCGGCGAACCAGUUCGUCAGCGUGCACCCGCACCACUUGUCGUUUGGGUACGGGCGACACGCGUGUCCCGGAAGGUUCUUUGCGGCGAACGAGAUCAAGAUGAUUUUGGCCAAUGCGAUUUUGAGAUACGAUGUUCGGAACGUUGAUUCGACGGCUGGGCGGAUUCCUAAUUUGGAGUUUGGAGUGAUGUCUACCCCCGACAGCUCCAAGUCGCUUUUGUUCCGAAAUGUUCAGGUUUGA